CCGCGUUUCAGUGGACGGCGGACCGCCUUCAGUGGCUUGACAACCCUGACGAUGGCCGAGGACCCUUUGAAAGAGGCGUAAUUACAGCGCUCGAUUUGGGUGGUCGGUCUGGCACGAUAAGAGUCCCCCCCACAUCGUAUCUAUCGCCCGCCCUCACUCCCGUUACCCUUACAUCCUUUCAUCCACAGCAAAGCGCAGAUACACACGGCUCUUCCAGGGUCACGAUGGAGUACGAUUCCAGCUCAUCGGGUCUCGAACGGGAACAUGCUCUAUUACCGAAAGAAGGACCAAUCUCUCAAUUCAGCGUGUCCAUAUGCUCCUGCUCCUCCUUUGCUCCAAAACAUCACCACAACACCAUAACCCACCUCAAUUCAUACCCAAUCCAACAUCUCGCCAACAACCAACCAACAAACACACCUUAUCCUGUGCCGUCCAUUCCGCCCUCUCGUCUUCAUCCCAUCACCAACUCCUUCAGCUGCUGCUUCUUUCGGGCACAAACUCCAAACCCCAGUUCCACGAUGGUUGCAACCUGCCUAACCAUGCCACCGGUGCUCUCCGACAGCUAAAAUAAUGCCUACUUACUUCCUACAGAUUGCACUUCCAUCGCCGCCGUCCAGCAAAUCCCCGCCUAUCAAUUGGCCAGCCCGACACGCCCUCUCGCCGCCGGCGCCCUUGGCUGUCAUCCAUCCCCCAUCUCCAUCUUACCCCGGGUCUUUCUUUCUCGUCCCUCUUCCCUGUUAGGCGUUAGGGCAUCAUCCCCCCCGGCCUGUCCGAUAGUGAAAAUCGUCCUACUGUAGGAACUUUCGAAGGCCGUCCGGCAAGGGACGAAGCGCCCUCCCAAAACGGCCGCCAAUUUCAUCAACCGCCAUCCCAUUUGCUGGGCAAACUGGAAGCCAAGACGAGCCAAGACGCGCCCAGAACAGCCACCGCCAGCGACGUGCCGGAAAUGUCGCCUCUUCCUGG